AUGCGGGCUCCAUCACUUCUUGCCAAGUGCCUUCCCGGCUUACUGCCCCAAGACAAGAAAACCAACGGAGUUUCCGUUGUUCCAGAAAGGGAUAUUAAUGUUCCUUCUCCAGCAGUGGAGAUCCUCCCUUCAAAGGUCGUAUUCGCAUUUCAUUUGCAUUUGUAAGUUUUCGUUUACACGUGCUGGGCUGUUAUGGACUUCUUUCACGACCAAUCUAUUUUGGCUUUCGAAGCAGAUUCAAUUCACUAAGGUUUCAGAUUUUAACUUACCAAUUGAACAAGAUUCGCUGUUUUCUAAUAAGUUUAUAGAAUCGAGUGUCUCUGGAUCAUUUUUUCAUUUAUCUCCUCAGUUCUUAUAUCCCCUGGAUGUUCUCUCAGUGAUGUGAAGUAUAUUUUUUUGCCCAAUUUGCAGAAUGCUCAUCCUUAUAAGUAUGCUGGCGAGAAUGUGGACUUGCAGGGUUUUAACAUUUUCAAGGUAUAGAAUACUCAUCUAUCCCCUUCUAACAAGUGUCCUUCUCUGAGGUUUCCUUCCUUGUCCUUCUUGCUUUUGUGUAUGUUUUAAACGUCACCACACCAACGCUCCACUGCCUUUGGCCAAGGUGACAAGACAAGGGAAACAAGUGACUCCUAGUCUUGAUGUCCACACUUUUCACGUUGAUAUUUGCCGAUAUGUCAUGUAGCGUAUCAUGACACUCAAUGCGCAUGAUGGGGAAGGUCUGCCAUUGCUUUUACGCAUUAAUACGUGUCUGUGCAUCAUGUCACACAGAUUCAGUGUCACACAAUGCAUAAACACAGAUCAUACACAAUCUGAGCUUGGUGUCUCAUGUGACAUCUAUAGCGUCAUAAAGACUAGGGUUUUCAGGGACCCAGACUCCUAGCGCCCAAAAUGUGCUCCCAUUUGCAAGAACUCCUGACUAUUGGACGAACGAUGUCUUUUCUGAAAAAAGGAAACAUUUUCUAUAUGAUAAACGUUGAGUUUCUGGCCCUGCCAUUGCUAGGUGGUUUUCGUCGUGUUUCAUCCAAUUGAGUAGACUCUUCCUCAAUGAUAACUGAAUAAUGGUUGUGUUUUCUUUCCUUUUAUUCUUCCUGGUGUGAUCAGUAAUCUGUUUUCUCGCAGUUGUCUUAUACGAUUAAACAGAAUAAUUCUCGUUUGUCCAACAUGAGGAAAUAUCUGUCUUAGAGCAAUUUCCCAUCCGGAGUAAUAGAAAAGAUGAAGAGAAGAAAUUUGUGCGUUCUAGUUAAUACAUCAAACUCAUCCGCUCUUACUUUAAUUUUGUACUAUUUUCUUUUCCUUUGGUUUUUUCAGGGAAGAGUUAGUGUGUCUGAUAUGAUUGGAUUCACCAGCAACUCGGAAAUGUCACCUUCAAAAUCUGAUGGUAUGUUUUAGCCUUCAGAUCUCAGAAUCUCUGUAAAUGCUAUCUUGAAAUAUGUCAGAUGAGUUGCAUGUGUUUAAAUGAAUGACUUAACAGGACGCUAUAUUGCAGGCUGUUUAAAAUCUUGGGAAAGUUCAAUUGAUUUAGUAAACGUUCUCAAGAAUGAGAUUCGAGAUGGGCUGCUGAGCUUUCGAGGCAAACGUGUGCUUGAGGUAUUAUAGCUUAUUAACCGCAAGCCCUUCUUUGUAGCACCCUCUUUUCCCUCACUUUCUUUUACCCUCUCCCCGGAAGUACUCUCUCUCUAGAAAUGUUUCUACCAUGUUUCAUCAUUUGCAUAAGCAUCCCCAUUGGCAGCAAUUUAAGCAGAGAACAGCAGAGAUUAAAUCUUCUGAUUUGAAUGAUUCUCACCUUUGACUAGCGCAUUAAUGGGUCUAUAAGCUAAUGACCAACUUGUAUGCAUAUUCAGUUUUGUCCUAUGAUGGAUUGUUAAUCCGUUUUAUUGCUUGAUUGUAACAGCUUGGGUGUGGCUAUGGACUGCCAGGAAUAUGCGCCUGCCUCAAGGUACUUACCUCAGUUGACUGAAAAUCACCUCAGAGACAAAAAUGUAAACGGCUUGGUCAAUUCGUUUUCCUUUCUACUAGUUGCCUGAUAGUUGACUUGAAAACAAUACAGGGUGCCUCCACAGUGCAUUUUCAGGAUCUAAAUGCGGAGACAUUGAGAUGCACCACCAUACCCAACGUUCUCGCAAACCUUGAACAGGCCCGGGACAGGCAGAGCCGCCAGGUUGAGCUUCCCCUGACCCCCUCGCGGCAAGUUCUUGCUCCUGAGGUUCGUUUCUAUGCCGGCGAGUGGGAAGAGCUCCCCACUGUCCUAUCGGUGGUUCAGACGGACGGAUCAGAGGGCACGCAGGGGAUGAGACUCAGUUUCUCUGAAGAGGACUACACGGAUGUGUCUAGCAACCAUGACGAGAGCGUCAUCGGCCAUGACUCUUCUCACCGGAGGUCGAGGAAGCUGUCAGGUAGUCGGGCUUGGGAGAGAGCAACAGAUGCAGGCGCGGCAGAUGGAGGAUAUGACGUCAUUCUGAUCACAGAGAUCCCGUACUCGGCUAGCUCACUGAGACGGCUCUACGCACUCAUAAAGAAGGUCAGUUGCCUAUAUAUCUCCCCUAUCUGUAUCAUCUAGUUGCACAUUAUUUGCUGUAGAAGCAGAAAAAAGGGUCAGCUCGCAUGUGAUAAUAAAUAAGCAGAAAUUAAACACAUUAUAUUUUUCUCAUCUUCCAGGGAAAGCUAAUUUGAUUGUAUUUUCCCUUUACGUUGCUCUCUUGUCAUCGUUGCAGUGUCUGCGGCCACCUUAUGGGAUCCUGUACUUGGCGGCAAAGAAGAAUUUUGUCGGAUCAAACAGUGGGGUCCGACUGCUCAGGGCUCUUGUUGACGAGGAAGGCACUUUUGGUGCUCACGUAGUCACUGAGAUGGCUGACAGAGAGGUCUGGAAGUUCUUCCUCAAGUGA